CCCUAUAAAUCCUCAUACAUAUUUCUUCACUUCCUCCACGCAUUUCUCAAUUCUACCGGUUUCAGCUAAAAUUACACACAAACGCUCUCCUUUAAUUACCUUCUGCAAAACAUUUGCUAAGCCUUGAAGGGAUCCACAGGCCAUGUUGGUCUGUCAUCCAGCAAUCAAGAAAUGGUUUUCUGGGCUCGGUAAUUUGACCUUCAAAUGCAAGGAACGCAUUUUCUCCUGGCUUUCAACGGAACUGAGCUGUUUCGGAUCCGGGCUCUUAUUUACAGUGAUGAAGAGAACUGCUGUGUCUCUGCUCACUUGCAUCUUUGCUUUAGGGGGAGCAACAGUAGGGACAAUAUCAGGAGCCAUUAAAGGACAGACUACAGAAACUGGACUCUUCCGUGGGGCCGGAGUUGGUGCGGUGGCAGGGGCCAUCACGGCGGUCCAGCUAUUGGAACUGAUGGUUAAUGGAGAGCCGUUUUCCAAGGUUGCUCUCAUAUGUAGUCUUGUGAAUGGAAAGAUAUUCAUGGAGUGGGUCAGUCCUGCUGUUCUAAAAGCUUAUCAAUGGCAGAUUAGCGACAUGGAAUCAAAUUUGAGGGAGAUUUCAGACAUUUUUGAGGUCAAUUCCAUCAGGGGAUUAUCACGUGAAGCUAUCAAUGAUCUACCUACAUGUAACCUUCAUUCUAUAGAGACCACAAAUCCUUCUUGCCAUGAAACAAUCUGUGCAAUUUGCUUGACGGACUUCAAGAACGGAGAUUGUGCACGGAUGCUUCCUACUUGUGGACAUUCUUUCCACUUAAAUUGCAUAGAUGAAUGGUUAAACAGGAAUGGCACUUGCCCGGUUUGUAGAAGAGAUAUUUGAUUUGAUGGCACUUUGGCCGGAGGAGAUGCAGAGCACAAAAUGAGAGCAGGAAGGAACCCGUAUUUUAGUGCAUUAGCCAACUUUGAUUGAAUUAAUUAGGUAAAUCUCAUCAUCAUACGUACAAUUACAACAUGCGUCCAAUGAUGGUCAGGCAAUUGAAUGUAAGGAAUUAGUGCAAAAUCCAAUGAUGGGUUAGUAGCAUUGUGGUACUACUCAAAGGGUGUACCUGUACCACCAGUAGUAGAGUAGAGUGUUUGUUAGUUUGGGACGAGGCGCCUGGAGACAACCGUCCGAGGCAGUUCACGGCCUGGACGAGGCCUCAAAAAUUUAUGCGGCUCAGAUCACGUCUUGUAACUCGAUUUUCACGUCGUAUGAAAUCCACAAAAAUGUUGUUUUAAUAUUACUCGCUGUUGUUCUAUUGUUACAUCUUGUACAGAUGAUGUUACACCAUGUACAAAUGCUGUUACACCUUCCGGAGCGGUUGUUCAGCCCCGCGACCGUUUGUUUGGAUUGA